AUGACGGUGAUGGUGGUGGUGGUGAUGGUGUCAGGGAUGGUGGUGUCGAUGACGGUGAUGGUGGUGGUGGUGAUGAGUGGUGGAGCACUGAAGGUACUGAAAGUGGAGAAGGGGGAGCAGAGCCUGUCAGGAAAAGAGAAAUAUAUCUGUCAGCUGGUCAAGACUGCUGAGCUGGACCCCUCCCGGAACUACCUUGCGGCCUUCCACCCCCACGGGGUCCUGGCGGCCGGAGCCUUUGUCAACCUGUGCACAGAGAGCACGGGCUUCCCUUCACUCUUCCCCGGCAUCCGCUCCCAUCUGAUGAUGCUGACCCUUUGGUUCCGGGUCCCUUUCUUCAGGGAUUACAUCAUGUCAGCGGGGCUCGUCACGUCAGACAAGGAGAGCGCUGCUCACAUUCUGAGCAGGAAGGAAGGUGGCAAUCUGCUGGCCAUCAUUGUAGGGGGCGCCCAGGAGGCUCUGAACGCCAGGCCCAGAUCCUCCACGCUGUUGCUACAGAACCGCAAGGGCUUCGUCAGGCUCGCCCUGAUACACGGGGCAGCCCUGGUGCCGAUCUUCUCCUUCGGGGAGAAUGAGCUCUUUGACCAGGUUGCGAACUCUCCUGGCUCCUGGUUGCGCAGGAUCCAGAACCGGCUACAGAAGAUCCUGGGCAUCUCCCUCCCGCUCUUCCAUGGCCGUGGCAUCUUCCAGUACAGCUUCGGUCUCAUGCCCUACCGCCAGCCCAUCACCACCGUGGUGGGAAAGCCCAUUGAGGUGCAGAAGACACUGUACCCCUCGCAGAAGGAGGUGGACAAGCUGCACCAGCGCUAUAUCAAGGAGCUGUGCGACCUCUUCGAAGCCCACAAGCUCAAGUACAAUGUCCCCGUGGACCAACACCUGGAGUUCUGCUGA